AUGUCCCUACUACUACAAAAGCUUCCCCUGCUGCUACUGCUUCUGGUUCCUCUGUUGGAGCCUCUCCAGCGGGGCCCUGCUGCUGGCGCUGCAGCAGCUGCUGGGCUGCCUAGCGCCGCCUAUCCAGCCAUUGUGACUGCGCUAGGGGCACGCAGGCAGAGGGAGACGGACCCUUUUGCUUCCAUGCUGGUUCAGAUCCUCGGUGUGAAAGAAAGCCAUGACCUGGAGGAAGGAUUUGGUGCUGUCAUGCAGAAUCUGCUGUCUGGUGGACUGGAGAAGGCGCAUGCAGAGAAGAAAGGGAGAGGGGGGACAGGAGUUGGAGGGCAGAUGGAGCAUGAUGGGAAUCAAGAAGGGUCAUGGAUGGACGGUGGUGGCAAGGAUGGUAGGGAUGGGAAGGGCGGGCAGUGGAGGGAGCAUCUGAAGGGGGGUGAGUGGGAGAGGUACGUGGAUGGCAUGGCUUGGAUUCUGGAGCAUGGAGGGGGGGAAGGGAGGGAGUUCCGGUGCAGCCACUGCAGUGAGGGGGGCAGCAGCAGCAGCAGCAGCAGCAGCAGCAGCAUUGGUGGCGGUGGCAGCAGCAGCAGUGUGGGCGCAACGACUUUUCCCAAGGGCAUGUGUGUGAGUGGCGUGGGUGCGACCGACUUUGCUCUUUCCGUUGCUGCUGUGCUGUCCACGCCAGAGUACUGCAAGGAAAGUGACUUGUACUUCCUAGACGGCAACACUGCGAGCAAGACACGGGUGGAGGAUGCAGCUAUUGAGACGGCCAGGGAGAGGCUGAGCAUGAUGGCACGGGGUGAAGGAGGGGCAGCAGGCAGAGCUCAGCAUGGUGUGUGGCCAGCAGCAUGGUGUGUGGCCAGCAGCAUGGUGAGUGGCCAGCAGCAUGGUGAGUGGCCAGCAGCAUGGUGUGUGGCCAGCAGCAUGGUGUGUGGCCAGCAGCAUGGUGUGUGGCCAGCAGCAUGGUGUGUGGCCAGCAGCAUGGUGUGUGGCCAGCAGCAUGGUGUGUGGCCAGCAGCAUGGUGA